AUGUUUAAAGAAAAAGAUGCUUAUAGGGUCUCGACGGCACCUAGUGUCAAAUCAGAAGGACAGCUAUCUGUCGCUGCGUCCCGUAUGAUCGAGGAAAAUAUGGCAUUGUCUCCAUAUGGAACAUUUCGUGGCCAGAAAACGUUGGAAAGAGGCUUGAAACUGAGACAUGUCCAAUUGAUUGCCUUGGGUGGUGGUAUAGGAACUGGUCUUUUCGUUGGUACCGGUUCUGCUUUGGGAGCCUGUGGUCCCGCUGCUGUGUUUCUCAGUUAUAUUUUCAUGUCGUUUGUGAUUUGGAUGGUGAUGAAUAUGAUGGCAGAAAUGGUUACGUUUUUGCCAGUUCCUGGUAACACAGCGCAAAACUUUGUCACCAGUUACUUUGACGAAUCUUUGGGGUUUGCUAUUGGUUACAAUUACUGGUAUGCAUUUUCCAUUUUGGUGGCAGCAGAAGUCACGGCGGCUGCUAUUGUUAUUGAAUAUUGGACUACAAAGGUGCACAUAGCAGUUUGGAUCUCCAUAUUCUUGGUGUUGAUCUUUGUACUCAACAUGAGCUCAGUGAAAUAUUUUGGAGAAGCUGAGUUUUGGUUUGCUUCAUUAAAGUUGAUAGCAAUCGUUGGCUUGAUAAUACUUGGAGUUGUGUUAUUUUUUGGAGGUGGUCCUAAUCAUGACCGUUUGGGGUUCCGCUACUGGAAGCAUGGCAAGGCGUUCCAGCAACAUCUUGUUGGUGGCUCAACUGGUAGAUUUUUAUCUGUUUGGACCGCCAUAGUCAAGUCUGGUUUCUCUUUCAUUUGUACUCCAGAAUUGGUGACUGCUGCUGGUGGUGAAUGUAUUGCUCCAAGAAGAAACAUCCCCAAGGCUGCUAACAGAAUGAUCUACAGAUUAGCCACUUUUUACAUUUUGGGUUCGUUGGUUCUUGGAGUAAUCUGUGACUCGAGUAGCAAGAGAUUGAUGUCUGCCUCCAGUGAUGCAUCUGCUUCUCCGUUUGUCAUUGGUAUUCAGAACGCAGGUAUUCCCGUCUUGAACCAUAUUAUCAACGCCGUGAUUUUGACUUCUGCUGCCUCUGCCGGUAACUCUUUCUUAUACUCGGCUUCCAGAGCUUUGUACACUAUGGCAUUGAAAAAGAAGGCACCCAGAAUUUUCACAACGGUAAACAAAUUCGGUGUUCCAUACUACUGUGUCUUGAUCUCUUGGGCUGUGGGAUGCCUUGCAUACCUUAAUGUGUCUAGUGGAUCUUCAAGUGUGUUUGCUUGGUUCUCAAAUAUUUCCACAAUCUCCGGCUUUGUAAGUUGGAUUGCAGUUGCUUUUGCUUAUCUCAGAUGGAGAAAGGCAAUUGUGUAUCAUGGACUCAGCGAACGGGUUUCGUACAGAACCGUUUUGCAACCAUACGGCGCAUACUUUGUCAUAUGCUUCAUUGGUCUCUUGACAAUUACAAACGGUUACGCUGUAUUUUUCGAUUUCGCCGCCGGCGACUUCAUUGCUGCUUACAUUACUUUGCCAAUCGUUCUUGUCCUCUAUGUGGGCCACCAAACUUACGUAUACUACCGCGAUGGAAGAUUGACUUUUGUUAAGCCAUUGCACGAAAUCGACUUGAUAACAAACUUGGAUGCCGUCGAAGAAGAAGAUGCCAUGAUUCCGCCCCGCGUACCCAAAAACUUUUUGGAACGGGUGUGGUUCUGGAUCGCCUAG